AUGUGGGACAAGCUAUAUCGCCAAAGUAUCCGAAUCGGGAGUCUAAACUACAUUUCCGCCGCAAUAGGUUAUGUCGUCGGUGUCAGUGUCGCGGGGUACCUCAACGACUGGACCUACGCCAAACUCAAAGCUCGCAAUGGCGGUGUAGGGAAACACGAGUUUCGUGUUCUGGCUAUGGUUUUAGGCACGCUUCUUAUGCCUGUUGGACUGGUCUGGUGGGGAUGGUCGGGCCAGGCGAAGAUGCACUGGAUCAUGCCGAAUGUUGGGUGCUUUAUUUUUACUACUGGAUGCUAUGUUUAUGCUAGUUGCGUUUCGCUCUUUUUGAUUGACACAUAUGCCAAGUAUUCUGCUUCGGUUUUGUCGACGACUCUGCUUACGCGAAGGUUUGGGCUGGCUGCGACAGUACUGGCAGCGGCGUUCACGGUUGUGGGCUUGGCGGCUAUUGCUAUUCUUUGGUUCCGGGGUGAACGGAUCCGAGCUAAG